AUGAGCGACGAGGCCAUCAAGGUCGCCCCGCCCCCGUGGCAGCUCAAGGGCACCAUCUACUCCUUCGCCUUCUGGGUGUCCAAGAAGCAGGCCGCCGAGGGGCUGCCGGCCCACAUCGCCUACUCGCCCCUGGAGGCCGGGUCCGCCUUUGCGCAGCCGCAGAACGGGAAGCCCCUGGGCGGCCUGUCCAUGAUCCAGGUCAUCCGGUACAGGGAGACGCCCGUGGGGCCCUACGACGAGCUCAUCCUGGCCCCGGGUUUCUUCGAGUAUGCCGUCGACGGCAAGGACGGGAAGCGCGAGACGAAAAAGAACGUCAGGAUUACGCGCAUCUACGUGUCGCAGAAGCACACGUGCUGGAACGGGCGGAAGAACUGGAAUAUCCCAAAGCACCUCGCCGCCUUCAACUGGACCGACAACCCAGAUGGCUCCCAGACGGUGCAGGUGUUCCCGCACGACACAGAGGGGGAUUCGGCAGAGGCCAAGGCCAGCACCAAGCCCUUCUUCCAGGCCACCAUCAAGCCCAUGGCCUAUGCGCCCUCGUUCCCGCUGUCGUGGAACCUGCUCAAGUAUCUCGGCAUCGACUCGACCAUGGUCUACCCACCGCUGCCAGAGUCCGCCGCGUCCAGCCAGGGAGAGCUGCCUGGCACCCAGCAGUGGGUGAGCAUAUUGCCAGACAUCUACUCGCCGCGUACUAGCCUCAUGUGGUUCGACAUGAAGCAGCCCGAGGAGCAGCUCCAGCAGCAGGGCGGAGAGUCCGCGCCGGCCGAGAACUUUUGGCCUGGGCUGGGGAGGUGGCAGUUUGGCUUCAAGAUGGAGGACGCCGUCAUCGGGUUUGGGGACGGGGUGCAUUGGGACCCUCCCAAAUCGCUUCUCUAG